UGGUGGAGGAUCAAGAGAAGCAGAACAGCCAACAGAUCAACCGCACCACAGUGUCAUUCUGUGGCUGCUACUGCUUGGGAUUUUCUCACUACUCCACACAUUCUUUUGGACUCUUUUUUUUCGUUUCGUUAUCUUAUCACGACAAAAAGAUUUAGAGAAUGGCCGCAAAGGAAAUGUCUCAAGUGAAGAAUAUUCUGGACCUCAGCAUCGAGGAAAAGAGGAAUUUUCUCAAUUCAUUCGAUUUCCUUAUGACUGAUUGCGAUGGCGUCCUGUGGAAUCUCUUUGAACCAAUUCCUGGCACCGGAGAAGCUUUGAGGGAUGUCGAAGCUGUGGGCAAGAAGAUUGUUUAUGUGUCCAACAACAGUGUCCGUACGGAUGAAGCGUAUGAGAAGAAGAUUGUUGGCAUUGGUGCCACGUACAGACAGGAAGAUCUCGUGCAUCCAAUCCACACAAUCAUUCACUACCUCAAGAAGAUUAACUGCCAGGAGCUGAUUUACUUCAUUGGAACAGCCCACACAACAAAUCUUCUCCGUGCAGCUGGGUUCAAUGUGAUCGUGGGACCGAAUGAGAGAGUUGAGGAGGAUUUCCACAAACUCGUGACUCUCGUGAAGGACAAUCAGCCCGUGAAGUAUGUUAUUAUGGACGUUGACUUCAACUACGGCUACCCGCAUUUCCUGCGCGCUGAGCUGUACCUCCGUGACCCAGAAUGUCAGCUAAUCCUUGGCGCCACAGACUACCGACUACCCAUGAUGGCAGGAUUUGAUCUUCCUGGCCCGGGGUACUUUAUGGACGCCCUAGCAUUGACUCUUCCCCCCGGAAAGAAGCCCAUUGUUCUGGGAAAACCCGGUGUUGGUCUGGGGGAGAUUCUCAAGGAGAAAUACGGAGUGACUGAUCCACAGAGGGUUCUCUUUGUGGGCGAUAUGCCCCUUCCGGACAUUAAAUUAGCCACAAACAACGGCUUCCGGUCCCUUCUUGUGCUCAGCGGUGGUACAUCGAGGGAACAAAUGCUGGCCAAUGAAGACAGUACGCAAAUCCCGGAUUUCUAUGCGGACUCCAUAGCUGCCCUGUCGACGCUCAUUCAGAGCCUCCCACCGCAAUCAGCACUGUAAAGUUCAUCUUGGAGGAAAUCUUAAAAAAGCAUUUAAACCUUUGACCUUUGGCUUUGUUGGCGCCCGCGAGAGAAAAAGCUUUGAAAAGUGUUCAAAAUUUUAUUUUUUGAAAUAAAAAAAAUUCUUUGGAAUCCUUAAGAAGGAUUUUUGAGGAAUUGAGCUAAAAUGAAAAAAAGUUUGUAAAAUAAGUUUGGGUAUAAAAUAAAUCGAUGCAUUAGAAAAUUAAAAAAAA